AUGGAAUCCAUCAAGGAGUCGUUAUCUGCACUAACUGACAUGUUUAAUGCAAGAAUGCAUGAGUUCCAACAGGAUUUAAGCAAAGCAUCAACACCAGCUUCAAGUAGUGUUCUACCAGGUGAAUUUAACCAUUUCUGCAGUUUUAUUUUAUCUGCAUUGAACACACUGCAACGGCAGGUUGAAUAUCUCGCAUUAGAGGUCGACAGGCAAGAGAUGAGGAACAGGCGGAAAAUGUUAUUAUUUCACGGUGUUCCUGAGCAAAAAACAGAAGACAUCCCGGCCCGAAUCACUAGCUUAAUUGCCGAACACCUGGACUUACAGAACUUUUCUACUGAAAAUAUUAAGCACUCGUUUCGCUUAGGCCGUUCUUCUGAUAAGCCCAGGCCUAUAGUAGUAAAAUUUCGUGAUGUGUCCGUGCGUAACAAAGUAUGGUUUGCUAAAACCAAACUAAAGGGCACUGGUGUUACGCAAUCGGAGUUUCUCACGAAAUGUAGGCACGAAGCAUUUUUAGAGGCGAGGCAACGGUUCGGGGUCAACAAUUGUUGGACACGAGGUGGGUGCAUCCACAUCAUCGCACCUAAUGGAUCUCGACACCGUGUGGAGUGCAAGUUGGAUCUCAGUGCCAUACCAAACAGUCCAGUGAAAUCAUCCGUGCAAAAGAUAGUAGUGUCGAAAAAAACAGAUAAUGUUAUACCUUCUCGCGUAAAACGUAUAGCUAAGAAG